AAUUUAUUUUCUACUUUUUUAUUUCCUUUAAAGUUGAAAUUAUAUUCAUGUGGGUCUCCCUGUAAUAAAUGUGUUCUCAUAAGUAUCAUUCUCGUUGUAUGUAAAUAAACGUUUUAGUUUCAAUCAAGGCGAAUUUAUACAAGGCGAAUUAUUACAAGGUGGUGUUACUGGCGAAUUUCGCCUUGGUUUCAAUUGAUUUUGUACUUCAUUCGUUGCUGUGCAUUUAGCAGAUUUUGGAAUAAUGGCGCAGCUUAAUCCCAUUUGGAAAUUUUUUGAAAGAAAAUUGAGUACAGCCAAGUGUCAAAUUUGCAAAAAAGAAAUAUCGUUGGGUAACUCCAAUAAAAAACAGCAAACGACGGCGAACAUAAAGAAGCACUGCCCAUCAGGACGAGUGGAUAGCCUAUGAAAAAGAUCAAGAUACUUUUACCACGGCCAAGAAAAAACAAAGAAAAGAGGAGCCAAGUUGCAGCUACAUACAGGAAACGUUGCCGAACCUGUCGAGAAAAACCGAAGCCUAUCCAGAUGACCAUCCGAUAGCGGCGCGAAUUGAUAAAUCAAUUAUGGAUCUCAUCAUAUGCUUCCUUAUAAUAUAGUCGAAGGUAGCGCGUCCAAAAGAUUGAAUCUCGCAGAUCCGACUGUUGCAUGUCGAUAUCGAUUAAAAAGCGAAAAGUUUUUUCGUACGACAUUAAUGCCGCAAACAUACGACAAAGUCAAAGAAAAAGUAAUUCAGCUUGUAGCAUCAGCCAAAUGGCUGAGCUUUACUACGGACAUAUGGAGUAAUUCUACAAAGAGUUGCUCAUUGCUAAGUUUCACUGCUCACUUCGUUCAAAGGCCGGGUAGGCUCAAAGUCAUAUUGGCAGCCAGCGUAUUAGACGAAGAUCACACUGCAGAAAAUAUUAAUGCUCCAUUAAACAGUGUUCUUGAAGAAUACAACAUCAGUUCGAAAAUCCAUGUCGCUAUAUCUACAAUGCUGCCAAUAUGACAGCCGCAAUGCGAUUGGGCAAAGUUAAGUGGCUGGGGUGCGCCGCACAUACAUUACAACUAGUUAUCCAAGAUGGUGUUUUAAAAAGUAGAAACAUUAGAGAGUUAAGUCAUAAAUGUCGUAAAAUUGUGGCCAAUUUCAAAAGAAGUGAACAGGCAUGUCGCUACCGAAAAACGUUUCAGGACACUGUUGGUUUGCCAAACCAUACCUUAAUUCAAGACGCUGAUUGCAGGUGGAACAUCACUUAUUUAAUGCUAAAUCGGUUAUACGAGCAGAAGGCUGCCAUUAACCUAUACAUAGCCGAACGAGGAUCUGUAGAAUGUUUGACAGCAAAAGAAUGGAAAUCCGUUUGUUAUGUAGUUGCAGUAUUAAAGCCGUUUGACCAGGCAACUCUGGAUUUGCCUUAUGACUCAACAUGUGCCUCUGUCAUAAUUCCUUUAAUUGCGAUGUUGCAAAUAAAACUCGAGCGCAACGAUGAUGAUGGAGCAGAAAUUUCAAUGCUUAAAGACGGCUUAACAGCUUCUUUACUACGGCGUUUUGCGUUUAUUAAGACAAAUCCAGAGUUGCAUGUUUCUACGAUACUUGAUCCUCGUUUUAAAAACAAAUACUAUUCAACUGAGGAAAUAAAGAGGUGUGAAACUAUAUUAAAAGAUCAAUUAGGUUUAUUCAAUGAUGAUACUGCAGUACAAAUACAAACUGUUCCACCUAUUAACGACUCCAGAAAUGCUCCCAAUUAGAGCUGUCAAACUAUCGACGAUACUAUCGAUAGUCUGACCACUUGAAAUAACGAUCGAUAGUAUCGCUACUAUCGUUUCAUUGAUACGUAUUCUCUUUCCUAGCGCUUUUAACAUUUUCACGUAUUGGUUCAAAGUGAUCAAAACUUGGCAGCAUUAUUUCAUGAACGAACGAACAGGACGUUGCGCCUGAAAAAAUAAUUUUUUUUUCAGUGACCUCAUUUUUUCGCCGCCAUGUGAAUUAAACGGAAUUAAACCAUGUGUGUGCAUGAAACAACCGAUUAAAAAAUGCCGUUAUCAACUAUUAUUAUUUUUUUCUUAAAUGCAAUUACAAAUACACGGUUGCAUGCUGGGUGAUCUGUUUGGUUGGUUCAAGGCAUUAUUUCUAAAAGCGCCAUUUUGUUAAGCAUGGAAAUAGCAGAGGUUUCAUUGCCGUCUUAUGAGCAUAUCAGACCUGGCAAUGCAGUUUAUUUCAAAAGACUGUCAAAUUGAGAAAUUUCAGAAAGUAGUUGCAUAAGCAGUGACUCCUUGAAUGUAAAGUGACUUUCGAAAGGCAUUUUUUUAUUCCGAAAGGCGAAUUGAAGGGAAAAUUUCUGAAAUUGCUUUUUGACUGUUUACACGUGAAUUGGGUCGAUACUAUCGAUAGUAUCGAUAAUCACCCUUAAGACUAUCGUCAAACAUCGAUGGGCUUGACUAUCGAUAGUUUGACAGCUCUACCCCCAAUGACAACCUUUGGGACUAUCACGACUGCGAUAUGUUAACGCAAGAAGUUAAAUCGGACGACUGCUGUUCACCUUUUAAAAAACGGUUUGAUACGUAUCUUUCUGAACCGAUCGUUCCUCGCGAUAGCAAUAUUUUUGAAUAUUGGCACCAAAGCUCCUAUUUGUCCUUAAGGGAAAUUGCAAACAAAUAUCUUUCUGCACCUGCAACAAGCGUUGCGAGUGAACAGCUUUUUAGUGCCGCGGGACAGCUAUAUAGCGAUCGGCGUACCAACUUGCUUGGGGUAAAUGCGAAUAAGCUUCUUUUCUACAUUAUAAUAUGAAAUUAUUUAAUUUUGAAUGUUAAUUAAAAACAAACAAAUGUGCGUAUACUUAUUACUUCGUGUUUACUUGAGAACUGAAUUUUUUGUUAACGUUACAACAGUA